GCUGCCCCGUUUGACUUGGGCACGCCGCACGACAACCCGCACUACGAGCCCUACGAAUUCGAUAACCACCUGGCCUGGAACGAAGCGAAGGUUCCGGGCAUCUUCCUGGUGGGCUUUCUCCGUGUUUUGGUGGUGACAACAGUUUUUCUCGGUGAGCACAGCUAUUUCUUCUGCGAGUUCUUCGGUGGUUUCGACGGCGCUUUCUACGACAACUUCAAGGACAACGACAACAGCGGUCUCUACUACCUGAACGGCUACCUCAAGGACAACAACAGCAGCGGUCUCUACUACCUGGACACCUACCACAAGGACAUCGUCGGCAACGGUGUCUACUACCUGGACAACUACUUCGAGGACUUCGGUGACAGCGACUUCGGCUACAUCCAGAACAACGAGAACCUUACCUUCUUCGACAACUUCGGCGGCUUCCCCUUCGGCAAGAGCACAAUGACUUCGUCGCAUGGGCCUGGAACCGGAGGAGGUAUUCCUCUUCAUGAGUUCCGGAAGGACACUCCUCCCGGAUGGGCCCCUGGUCUGGCAGAUUAUCCCUUGCGCCUUUUCUUCGAGCGGCUGAAGCUUUGGUAUUCCAUUUUCGACGGAGAUGACACCUUGGUGGGCCCGCUUGUCGCGGGCACGCUGCAAGGAAAGGCGCAAAGGCUGGGCAUGCAGUUGCGCCUGGUGCGCCCAGAUGGACAGUACGAUGUGGGAAGCGAUGCACUCCAACGACUUUCUGUUGAGGAAGUGAGGGACCCAAACAACCCGGCUGUGAUCAUCCAACAUGCCAUUCCGAGUGGCGUUCAGGCCCUUUGCAACAGCCUGAAGGAUGCUUUCGGAAUGUCAGACCAAGAAAUUGUCAGCCGGAGUAUAGAAGACUUCUUUGAGUUCAAGCGUGGCAAGCUUUCUUUUCAGGAGUACGCGAUCGAGUGGGACAUACGUCUGGAAGAAGCCACGACGAAAGCAGGUUUGGAGCUGAACGAUGUGGCGAAGUUUUACCUGUUCUUUCGUGGCAGCGGUCUCCCUCAGCGCUUCAUCGAGGACAUCAAGUUGCAGCUGCAAGGAGACCUCAGAAGGUAUGUCGACGCUCGCACCAUUGCCUUGCGCCUCAUCACAAAGAAAGAUGACGUUGGCGACUCCUACUACGAGGAACAACAACCAGAGGACCUCGAGGACAGCAGCUGGGAUGGAUACUGGACAGAUGACAGCUGGUCCUGGGUCGAGGACUAUGAGCCGUCCGAGUACUACGAGGAUCCCUGGAUGGAGUCGAGUUACUAUGAGGAUGAGGUCUAUGACUGGUAUGAUUCCGAGGAUCACCCGAGCUAUGUCGACGAGUCCUCAGCCGACCAAGGUGAUCUUCAAGAAGCCGGCAAGGGCAAGGGCAAGGGCAAAGGAGGCAAAUCGAAAGGCCUCCGAAAAGGCUCUGGCAAGGGCUACAAGGGCAAGUCGUAUGGCAAGCGGCCAAGCUUUGGAAAGUCCAGAGGCAAGGGUUCAUGGUGGCCUUCGAAAGGUUACCAUGGCUAUGCCGAGCACGACUGCUACGGCAAGACCCUUUCGAAGAGCUUUGGCGAGACCACUGCCAUCGACAUGCAGCCCAAGGCCAAGACGGUUCACUUCCAGCUUGACACAGAAGAGGCUCCCAUCCUCAACUUGGGAAGGGCCCGUCAUUCCGACGAGCCACCGCGCGAUGGUGAAGGCGAGCCCUCUUCUUCUUCGGCACCUACGGCACGAAGGCUGGACCUCUCUUUCCCGACCUCGAUCUACAGUGACCACACGACCUACCACACGGUCCUUGGGCAGAAAAGGAGAGGCUUGUUGGUGGACCCGGGUGCUGCCUCGGGCCUUUUUGGCUCGGAAACGUUGAGAGACAUUUUGGAGUCCUGUCUGCCAUCGGAGAAGUCUGCCACGGUCAGUUGGAACCAUGACAGAUCUCACUCGGUGAGUGGGAUCAACGGCACACCAGAAGAGACACUCGGUGAAGUGUCUUUCCCGCUGACUCUGGCGGGCGCUUCGGGAUCUUUCUCGGCCGAUGUUCUUGGAGGAGAAGGGUCUUUGUGUCCGGCUUUGUUGUCGAACCCCUCGCUUCGAAAGCAGAAAGCAAGUUUGCUGUUGGACUACUUUGCCAAUGGCGAUGGCGUCAUGGUUGUCAGCGAUGGUUCCGAUGGAUGGCAUUACCUGAGACUUUUGCUCACCGAUUCGGGACACUAUCUGCUGCCCAUCGACAACCACAAGGCUGUUUCUUCCGAGACGAAGACCAAGGUAGCGGCACAGCUCUACACUUGGUCCAGUGAAAUUUCACAACGAUGGAAGGAUGUCCGGCAUUGCUUUCUUCAGCAUGGGCAGUGCCGUUCCAGUCGGGAACAUGAGCGGAGUGAACGACAUCGCGAUGCCACCACGGCAACCCACGACAACGACAACCAGAGCACGAUAGCAAAGACUUCAUCCACUACGUCUGGCAACAGAUACAGCUCAGCGAGGGACACCACCUCUACCACGACAGCAGAUGCCAACGACAACGACAACCAGGACACGAUAGCCAAGACUUCAUCCACUACGUCUGGUUUCAAUGGUCACCGCAGCAGUCAAACUUCAAGAACAACAACCACUGACCUUGACAACGACUAUGAGAACAAGACCUCAAGCACCACCUCCAAGGACGCUGGCUCAAACAUGGUCUUGACUUCAGGUACUACGACUUUGGCAACAGCCAACAACCACGACAACCGAGACACGAUAGCGAAGACUUCAUCCACUACGUCUGGUCGUUAUUUUAAUGAUGAUGCCAAGCACAUCUCUGGUCGUGUUUCACAAGAUGCCAAGCACAUCUCUGGUCGCUCUUUCCUGGACGGGCCGUCUGGCGAACGUCCUACUGUUCAGGACUCCUGGAGGAUAGACGGUGAGUACCUGGUACGUGAUCAUCGUGUUCCUCGUCGUGCUCUUUUCGUCCCUGGCUGCACCGUUGACUGUCCAGUGCCUGCGGAUCGCAUUUCGGAGCAGCGAGUGACUACACUUAAGGCAGUGGCACGGCGAGCACCUCCUCGAUUCCUGGAGGACGACUGGCGAUCUUCCUCCACAGCUUGCAAGGACAUGGAGUACUUGUGGACUGGCACAACUCGUUUCAAGUUGGUGCCAGACCGGGCUCUCGACUCGUCCUCCUCGGCGCCUACGGUGGCUACGGAUGAGGCGACGAAAGAGGGCAGUUUGGACCCCUCAGUCUUUCCAUGUUAUGGAGGCGAUCGCUAUCCCUCUCAUUGGUCUGAUGAGAGAUGUGCCAAAGCAGAAAGGUAUUACAAGUCCGUCCCGGAGGAGUACUACAGUCGAAGCGGACGCCGUCCAAUAACUCCUGACAACAUCGAGUCUUGGAUGUCGUCAGCUUCCAAUCGAGGCCUUCGCUUUCAAGCGUGGGAGUGGUUCAGCAGAAGUGGGCGUUUGUCGCUCUGCCUGCCUCUCGCAAACAUAGUCGUUGGUCCACCCAUCGACUACCGCUACGGAUGGGACGUGUCCUAUGCCCCUCACCAGGAGCUGCUUCAGAAGUGCCAGGCGGAGUUUCAGCCGGUCCACUUGUUCGCGUCUCCGAGUUGGAACCAGUGGACAGAACAUUCCGCUGUGAAGGAUAAGCACUUACGUGAUGUUGAGCGACGGGGCGAUCUUCCUUCACUGCAGUACCUGGGUGAGGUGAUGAACAUUCAACAUUUGCAGAACAGGGGAUUCACCGUGGAACAGCCCCUUGGAUCUGCAAUGUUCAAGGAGAGCCCUCUUUCUCGUUUGCGAGAUUUGGAUGGAGUUCGCACUGCUCGUCUUGACCAGUGCAUGUUCGGCGCCCAGGAUGAGUUGCUGAACCCUCUGAGGAAGGCGACCUGUUUGUUGACGAACAGGAAGUGGCAUCGGGUUCUGAAGAGAUGUGGUGGUCACCGGGGAAGGGCUCAUGGAACAGCCACCGGCCGUGUUCAUGGCUGCAGUCGUUCCGACCUGGCCACCGUUUUCCCAAAGCGACUUUGUCAGGCUCAGGAUUUCUGGGUUGUUUUUCGCAGUGACAGUGUCGACAAGCUACAAGCAUGGCCAUCGUUUUUGUUCGGCACCAACCAGAUUUUUUACUCUUGUGAGCGAUGCCAACUCGGACGCGCAGCACCUCCUGGCUGUGAACACACCUUGGUUCCUGGCGAAUGUCGCUACGGCCAGCCCUCGAUGCGGGCUUCGCGAGCACGGGCUGCAGCUUCUACUACAGAGCCUACUUCCUCGGUCCCAUCUCCGAGUUCAGCUCCCUCGGCACCUGCUGAUGCACCUUCUGCACAACCAGCUCUUCGACAGCAGGACUUAGAGGAUAUCACUGGGCCGUUCAAAUUCCUGGCGCGGUCUGGUGACUAUUCUCGAGUGCAGCUAGAGAUCCACACCUCGCUGACUUUGGACAUCGAGGCUCGUCUCUACCUCAAGGCUGCUCUGAUGCAGCUCAUUGAGUCCUGCUUGGAUAUUUUCUCCGAGAACACGUCCCGCGACUUGAAACACUGGCUCUCUGACCCCAUUCUUCUUCGGGUGUUCCAAGAUGUGUUUUCGGAGAUACUGAAUGUCCUGGGUGUGAUGGUGUGUCUACGACCUUGGAACAAGCAGGUGCCAGACCCGCAGCUUUCCUCUACCGUGGCUCCAAUGCGGCUACUGAUCAAUGGUCACAUUCGUUCUUGGUACAUUGGUCCCUUGGAGGACAUGCGAGUUUUGUCGCAUCGUCAGCUUCACGAUCCAGUUGAUGAAGCGGACUGGCAUGUUUACCUCUUCGGUGUGUGCCAUGAGGACUAUGAUGCUGAUCGCCCGCUCCCUCCGGGCACCGAUCCAGCUGUGUUGCCUCAGGCGGCUCGCCCUGCUGCGCCGCUGGUUCCGGUCGAAAAGAAAAGUGUGGGGAAGACUCAAACACCAUUUCAACCUCCUCUUCAACCUCCUUCUGCCGAUUUGGACGAUGCCAUGGAAUAUCAGCCAUCCGAGGCUGAGGCAGAAGAGGAAUUUGAUCCUGUUCGACCGGAUGAGGAUCAAGACAAGAUUCUCAAGCCCUUGUUCGACUUCAAGAAGGCAGAGUUGGAUCGUCAAGGAAUCUCCAACUCCAUCAACGACCUCGCCCGAGAAUGUGUCAUGUCACACAAUAAUGAUUGUUCUGGGGUGACCGCCAUUGCCGGAGCCUUGCAGACGGAUGUUACGCCAUUCGAGAAGGCAUUGCGAAUCCGGCAGCUGGCUCUCUCUACGGUCCAGAAAGCCGUCGCUGAGGACCGCAUCGCCCGUGCCAACCGUACGAGGACCCAGCAACUGGAACUCGGUGAGCUAGUGCCUGGUGUCACGCGUGUAGACUUCCACCGGGAGACUCAAGGUGAUGUGGGCUGGAGAGGACCCGCUGAAUUGCUGAAAGUGAACACGGAGGAAGGAACGGCCAUCAUCAGCUACCAGGGCCGCCCUCAUCUGGUCUCUCUUCGGCACAUACGACCUCACCAGGCUGGCGUCUUCGUCGUGAUCUCUGAAAACCAAGAGGCUAGCUUCCUGGAGCUGCAGAGGAUUGCUGAACAAGUGUCGCCGUACAACGCCGUCACGAUCGGAUGGGUUCCUUUGUCCAAGAAUGGCGUUACCACCUGGACCCGGGCUUCAACUACCUCGUUGUCUUAUCAGGAUACAUGGCCCAAGAUUGUCUCCCUGGCGAGAGCUCUGUCUCGCUACAACGUGGGCGGUGCCAUUGUGGGACAGGGAGACAAAAAGUACAGCUGCCACGAGCACAACAACGACCAACCGAUCGUCCUCAAGAAGAUCACGGCCAGCCCCAUCGAGUCCACGGUCUUCAUGUACAUCUACUACUUCGUGAAUGUGGAUUACCGACCUCAGGAGGAGAUGAAAGUUGUGCCGUCCGAAGGUGCCACGGAGCAGGCCACCGACCACAACAUGGACGCGACCCCUGCACCUACGGAUGGCAUUGGCAAUGAAGACGUGACGAUUGGGAGCCGGGAUCCUGGGUCCUCCAUUGAGGCUCCUUCGCCCAUGGAAGAGGACAACCUGCCCGAGGAUCGCAAGCGCAAGGGACCUGAGUCUCGGACAGUGGUGAUAGGUCCAGAGUCCAAGAGGACCAAGGUUUGCUCAUUGGUGCACUUGAUGAAUUCUGAGAAGGUGCACCACCGAGCCCAGCAUGUGAUGAUCAACCUCUACUGGAUCAUGCACUGGACUCAAGCCAUACCCAUGUCUUUUCCAAUGACAUGGUACGGCAUGGACAACAAUGUGCCCGUUGCGCUGUGGGACAUUUUCAUGUCAAGGAGCUCUUCGGGGACGUGCGACAAUCCGUCCCCAAGCAGGCCUGGAUAUUUGUUUACAUGGCCCGGCAAGAAGCAUGAGGAGCUCUAUGCGAGCCUCGACACAGGGACCACGACUUUUCGCAACGAGGAGAAUCACCCCAUCAUCAUGCGCUCACUGCCUAUCAUCGCUAACAUCGAGGAGAAGCACUUCGACCUCAGCGACAAGGAGCUCAUCAAGGAGAUCACCAAGAAUUUCGCCACUCGCUUCAGCAUCUUCGACAACCACCACGACGGCUACUACAUCCACAAGUGA